AUGAAAACCAUCUUCUUCUUCCUCCUCCUCCUCCCCAUCAACACUUGCUCUGCUAACAACACCACCCAACUAGUCUAUGACACAGAAGGCAACGUGCUAAAUAGCAAGUCAAAUUACUACAUGCUCCCAGCAAAACCUGCGAGCGGUGGCGGCCUCAAAGCCGUCCCAACCGGUCUACGGUGCCUACAUUUUGUGGUCCAGGAGCGCAGCGAGACUCUCCUCGGCACACCCCUGCGAUUCACGCCAUUGCCAGAACACGCUUCAGCCACUGAGCCGAUCUGCCUGUCGAGUGACAUAUGGAUCGAGUUCCACGACUUGAGAAGCUUUUGCUCCGACGUGCUAGAUUGGCACCUUACCGAACAGGUGCCGGAGUCGUCAUCAGGAGAGCCUAAACACGUGGCCGCCGGUAGUGAAGAGGGCCUAAGAUCGUUUGGGGUGUUCCGGGUUGAGAGGCAUGGCACAGAUCUCUCCGGAUAUAAAAUAGUUUCAUGUGCUAGCAAGGGGCCAUGCAGAGACCUAGGUUUGCAUGUUUAUAAGGAUAAGACGUGGCUCACCGAAAAGAACUAUAUAGGUGUUUUUUUGCUUGCUUCUCGAGGUAAUCCAUGUAGGCAUGUUCAUUGUAUCGCCACUGUGGUGUUCAUGUUAUGUAAUGUGUUCCACCACUUUGCAAUAAAGCGAUACUAA